CACAUAAUUCUGCACGAGUUUUCCCCAAGGCUACAGAAUUAAGGUUUUAGCUAAAGAAAGCAAAACCCGAAUUCUUGGAGUCUCCUGUAGCUUCUAAGUGCCAGAUCCAACGUUUUAAAAAAAAAAAAAACAACCUCGAAAUCUUGAGCUUAAAAAAAAAAAGGGUGCUUAAAAUGAGCCGUGAAGCGAAAGAGAUAAGCUCCGCUCCUAUAACGCCGAGGCCAUCGUCGCCAAGCAGAGCGACCGGGGCGCCACCCGUUUCGUGCCCCCCGUCGCAGUUCCAUUCGCCGUCGUUGUCUCGGUCUCCGCUGCUGAAUGGCGAGGGCGCCGAGGGAGGAGGUGCGGCACGCCCUAGAAAGGCCCCGAAGACCCCGGUGAGGACGCCGAGAAUGUCUUUGACUCCAAGGUUCAUCACUCCCCUUGGUAGCCCCAUCAGGAAGGCCCUGAGGGCCACAAAGCUUGACCCUCAAGACGCUUGGUUGCCCAUCACCGAGUCCAGAAAUGGCAACAAAUACUACGCUGCUUUUCAUACUCUUUGCUCCGGGAUUGGUAUUCAAGCCCUUGUCCUUCCUUAUGCCUUCACCACUCUUGGCUGGUCAUGGGGAGUAAUCUGCUUGACCUUAGCCUUCAUAUGGCAGCUCUACACCUUAUGGAUUCUUGUUCAACUCCAUGAGUCUGUCGAAACCGGGGUGCGCUACAGCAGAUACCUCCAACUCUUUAGUCUCACUUUCGGUGAGAAGCUAACAAAGUUGCUAGCUACAUUCCCAAUCAUGUACCUAUCAGCAGGCACAUGCUCGACGCUGAUCAUCAUCGGCGCAUCCACGGCAAGAAAUUUGACCCAGAUAAUAUGCGGGACCGAAUGCUCGAGGGAAUUGACAACCGUGGAAUGGUACUUGGUGGUCACUUGUGCAGCCGUGGUGUUGUCACAAUUACCGAACUUGAACUCAAUCGCCGGAGUGUCGCUAAUUGGUGCAAUCACGGCGGUUGGAUAUUGCACAAUUAUUUGGGUGGUGUCCGUGGACAAGGGAAGGCUACCGGGGGUAUCCUACAACCCAGUUAUGGGAGGUAACGAUGUAGAACAUAUGUUCAAGGUGUUCAAUGCCCUUGGGCUUAUUGCUUUUGCUUUCAGAGGCCACAAUCUCAUCCUUGAAAUUCAGGCCACAAUGCCAUCGAAUGAGAAGCAUCCUUCCCACGUGCCAAUGUGGAAGGGAGUUCAGGGCUCCUACACCCUCAUCUCAGCGUGCUUGUUUCCCAUUGCAAUCGGCGGCUACUGGGCUUACGGCCACAUGAUCCCAUCCGACGGAAUGCUGACGGCGCUCUUCAUGUUCCACUCGCAAGAUGUGUCCGAGUUCGUCUUGGGAACGACUUGCGUCUUCGUGAUAGUAAACGCGCUUAGCUCGUUCCAAAUCUACGGGAUGCCAAUGUUUGACGACAUCGAGUCCCAGUUCACAAGGAGGUUUAAGAAGCCGCUGCCGUGGUGGUUGAGGGCCGUGAACCGGGUCGUUUUCGGGUUCAUUUGCUUCUUUGUGGCCGUUGCAAUUCCCUUCUUGUCAAGCUUGGCUGGCUUGAUAGGAGGAAUAUCAUUGCCUAUUACAUUGGCUUUCCCUUGCUUCAUGUGGCUCAAGAUCAAGAAGCCUAAGAUGUAUGGCCCCAAUUGGUGGAUCAAUGGGGCACUUGGGGUCCUUGGGAUGGUCCUUAGUGUCAUUUUGGUCGCUUCUAGUAUUUAUGUUAUCAUUGACACUGGUAUUGAAAUCAGUUUCUUCAAUCCUAAAUAAAAAUCAUCCCAAGAAAAAAAAAAAAAAAAAAAAAAAAAAAAAAAAUGAAUUUAGGGGGGCAAUUUUUUUUUUUGUUAAAUUAAAUUUUGGAGGUGCUGUUUGUGGUUUUAGUACGUGGGGGUGUGUGUUACUGAUGUUAAAAGGGAGAAAUGUAAUAUAAAUUCAGUUUUUUUUUUUUUUCCUCUUUUGAUAUUGAUUUUGGGGUUGAUAAUGUAAUAACUUGUCGCAUUCUAAAA